GAUUAAAUUGCCAGAUAGCAGUUAUUUUACUUGCAUACAUGAACAUGAACAAAAAAAAAUGAUUCUUGAAUGUCAAUUAAUUAUUUUUUGUUCAGUGUGACAGCUCAAAGUAUAAAAAUGGCACAUUCAGUUUAUUUGCCUAUAAAUAACAAUUAAAUGAGACAUACAACUGUGAAAGGAACCAAGGCACUCUGUCUUAGUAAACAAUUUAUUUGAACUGAUUUAAAUAGAAAGGUGCUUUGAGUGCUCCGAGAGAGUAGAAAAGCUCUAUAUAAGAAUCAACCAACUGUUUAAAUACCAACUGUGACUAGCAACACCUGUGAUACUGUAUAUCAGCGGUCCCCAACCCCCGGGCCUCGGACCGGUACCGGUCCGUGAGUCGUUUGGUACCGGGCCGCGAGAGUUGAGGCUCAUGUGUGAAAUGUAUGGUUUUCAGGGUUUUUAUCGGUUUUCAGCGUUAUUUUGUUAUCGUUUUUAUCGUUAACUCGGUUUUCCUGGGUCCUUUCACGUGUGUUAUGAAUAAAUCUUCUUUUUUUUGGUACCGGUACUAGUUUUAUUUUGUUGUAUUUAUCCGCGACACCUUAAAGGCCGUUGGGGACCGCUGCUGUAUAUAACCCAUAGAGGGCAUUAAAAAUAAAAGCACCAAUGUGGUUUGGCGCAGACUAGUAUGCAUCAUAACAACAGGAUCUACAUAAAGAUUACAUUUUAACUGUAACAUUCAUGUUUUUUUAUGUAAUUAGUUUUAAUGGUAAUUUUUUUUAUCUCUGGCCUGGUGAUAAGGACAUUGGAAAGUCAUUUUUUAUGUGUUUUUUAUCCAUAGAGCCAAAGGUUAUCCAUUUCCACCUCACAGUUUCAUAACUAUUAUUGAUUUUGUGAUUGUUUUUCAUGUGGAAAUGUUAAAUAACAACCCUGAAGUUACUGAUCUUUGUACAGUCCACAAGUUCCAUCAGUGACACAAAAUAAACACAAGAAAGUCCACGCAAAUCACAUUUUUGUUUGCACUGUCCUAUUUGAAUUAGAGCACAGUUGAAGGUGAACUUUUUUUCCCUCUCUGCAGUGUGUAUCAGGUUCAAACAGCAGAAUGAAGAUGGCCGACCGUCCCCCAGUGCAACCCAGAUGUACAGGAAGCAGCAAUGUCAAGCAAAACUAGGGACCCCGCUGUGUUUAGAUGAUGACUGGUUUUCUAAAUGCCCGUCUGGCUGCAGACUCCAAGGUUUGAUCUCACAGAUGGAAAACAAAGUGGAAAGAAAACUGCGGGAGGUGUGUAAAACAGCUCAGAUGUAUGAAGAUUCAACAGAGAACUCCAUGACUACAAUGACUCACAUAUACAACUUUAACCGCCGAGUCAUCGUCAACAGAUACAUGUCAAAGCUGAAAUUCGUGGAACAAGCAGAAGAAUUGGCCAGAAAUUUCACGUCACUACAGAAACGAUCAACCAGUGUGUCCCAACAGCUAAAAAAACUGAUUAGCAAACUGCAGAAACAGAUAGAGGAGCUAUAUCGAACAGAGGUGGACAUUGACAUGAAGCUAAGAGCCUGUCGCGGGUCUUGCCAGUCUGUGCUGCCAUUUGGCAUUGAUCAUCCUGACUAUCACAUCCUUCGAACUCACAUGGAAGACAUGGACAAGACUCUAAACAGAAGACCCAAAGGACCUUUACCUCCUACAGGCAUCCCACAUAUUAAGCUCCAGCCUAUAGACAUAGUCCCAGAACCAGCUGAAGGAUACAAGACUAUCCCGACAGUCCAGAAAAAACUACUGACCCAAUUUGAGGACAUUGAACAGAAUCAGAUAAUUUUGGAGGAGCUACUGGAGGGGUCAGAGGAUGUAAAUGAUCACAAUCAAGUAGAAAGGUUUAAUUGAAUAUGGGGCUGACAGAGAAUAUGGAAGCACAUUGUAACCUUGUUAUUUAAAUAACCAUUAUUUUGUUUCAUCUGCAAAGUUUAGCUAUAGUUUCAGUUUAUAGUUGAUCAGCAAGUUGAGUAGUUUGUGUGCUAGUCUUAUCCAUAUUUUUCAGUGGCAUGUCAUUUGAACAGAUGAGAUAACAUGAAGAAUAACUCUGAUUUAUAACAGGCUGUUUUACAGUUAAAUCCAGGGGCAAUGGGAAAAAAAAGUUUUUCUGUGAAUUUAAAUAUAGUUAAACUACUGACGUCAACAAUGCAAUCUGUGUUCUGCUGGGAAAUUUUGAGUCAAGGUAUUAAUGUGGAUGUUAUUGUGACAUUAACCUGUUAACGCCCUAAACACACCCUCAGCACACUCCCACAUUUGGCAGUGGAAAUGCUUUACAGCAUCCGCCUUGUCAGGCAAGACAAUGCACCCCACAAGCAAAAGCUAGCUUGUGUUUUUACAUGAAGAGGUGGACUGUUCUUUUUUUCAAAGGAUGAUGGGAGUAGACAGUAUUACUAAUUUUGUGCCUUAUCAAUGCAUCUUUUAAACCUGAGAAAUUCUCCUGUUACCUCCAUUCAUUAUCCAGACAAUGCACUCCUGUUUGGUGCUCUGUUAUUCACAAACUCCAUGAUUACGCAAUAAAACUAUUACUUUACCCUCGCUGUGUAGUCAUAGCUGUCUGUAACUUACAAAAUUUUAUUUGUGUAAGUGAAAAUGAUGUUUGAAUGGUUACAAGUUGCUAUCCUUAUUCUGUUUUAUUAAAUCGUGUCUGAUAACCAAUAUUUUUUGUAUUUAUGUUUACUUGAGUUUACUGGAUGACUGGAUAUCGAUAUCAUCCCUGUCAAUUAUAAUAAAAACUAUAAACUCCAAAACUUGCAAAAUUUAAAUAAUCAGUGUUUUUACAUUUUAUUCAUUUUCACAUAAAUCCUUUAAUAGUCUUCUUGGUAUGCAGCAAAAGGAACAGACAAAUCCAAUUGUGCCAGGUUUGUCUUAUUUAUGUCACAGAAGAGCUCAUAGUGUUUAAGCAAAAGAACAUUUAAACAGCAAAGACAUUUUUGUUUCUAAAGUGAAGAAAAUCAACACAAACAAUAAAAUAUGUUCCUCAAUGUGUUUAUUGAGUAGUGGAGGACAGUUUGCAUCAACUCAUCCUUAUAGUUGUCACACAUAACAAAAAAGGACAGAUCGCAGCAUAUUUACUCACAACGCAUUAGUUUUUUUUUUCUCUUAGUUUUGUUGGUAACAAGUUUAUCUGACAUCCCCAACAUAUUUUUAAUACUUGCAUUGCUCCUGCAUUAUUAUAGCCUUGUUUUUUAGUUCUUGUUACAGUUUGUUGACACUUAGUGUUAGUUAUUUGUAAAUCUGCAUGUCAUAUACCAUUAAUUUUGGCACCUUCUUUUA